AUGGCGCAAGGUGAACUCUUGAGUCUUGAGGUUAGGGCUGAGUCGCAGUGGUGCGUAGAUAUCACACACCUGUCCACACCUGUCACGCGAAGCUGCGAGAUCGCGAUUCGCGAUUACAAGUACCCGGCACCAGAACGAAUUCGAGUACUUUCUGACUUCGGCAGCAAACAUUUUCACGCAUCACCAACAUUACGUUCAUACCAUCUUACCUUGACUAGAAUGGUUCUCACAAAAGCUUCAUCUGGACUUCUAAGGUCUUGCCAGCAGGCUGGACGAGCUACCUCAACUUCACUCCGGAAUCCUGACGCUCGUCGACACUAUGCUAGAUUAACACUUAUUGGAAAUUUAGUUCAAGAUGCCAAAGUUAUCGAACGUGGGGCCGAUCGAGAUCCAAUGAUUGCAUUAAAAAUCGCUACUUCUGAUCCAAUAGGAAGGGAAGCAAGGGAAGCAGGCAAAGCUAUUUAUCCGACUGCCCAAUUCAAGCUUUCACUUAUGCUCGAAUUUCCCAAUUGCAUUGCUAAUACGCGUUUUCUAUAUAGAUCUCUGGUCCUCGUUCAAGCUGAUGUCCGAAUGCAACCACAAGAGCAUACCGAAGCAGGCUAUCAGCCUGCAAUUGUUCGGCUAACUUUGCGUGAAGCUACCAAGCUUCGAAACCCCAAAACCGAGUGA